AGACCGUUGAUGGACGGUACCAGUCUAUCACCAACCUGCAUUUGUGCAGCAGCUUAUGGUGCUACCCAAGCCAGCACCGAACGGUUUAUUACCCGCUAUCAGGCAAAGUUUAGACCCACUAUACCGCAGACAAACUGGGUCCUCCUUGACUCGGACGUUUUUGUACGAGAUUGAAAAAAAAAACCAUUGAAGAAACGAAAUGUACACUCAUAAAGAAGGUGUAAGCUGCUUGACUUUCACGCCAACUCCCACCGCGCCAAACGUCACAAGUCCGCUUGGAAGCUAAGUAUUUCUUGACAAGGACUGCCACGCCCCCAGGGAGAGCAAAACGCGGGGUAUAAGCGAUCCCACAUUGUGGGGUGAUUGAGAAUCUGGGGAAAGCAUUGAUUGUUUUGGGCCCUUGUUUCCAGGGUUCAGUCUUGAGAGGACUCGCGUUUCGUUUGAAAAGGGGCUUGAGAUGUAAGGAAUCAUUUCGCGUAUAUAUUUAUGGUGUGCCCUGGUUUUUACACCAAUUUUUACAAUAGCUGAUAAGCCCCUGAUACGGUAGUGUUGGUUGGCGUUCGGUACAAAGUUUUUCGCAUUGUCAUCGGUUGGAUUUUGUGUGGUUUCCUGAACCGUAUGUAUGGACGUAUAAAUGUGAGGCUAUCCCUACUAACGAUAUACCCAGUGUGCUAAAUCGGCCCGCACCGAGACAGAGACAACGGCAUUACUCGAGUAUAACGACCGAUAUCUUCUUUUCGAAUUGUCUCCAAUCUUCAUUUCUUCCCCAAAAAAUAGAAACGGGAAGUAAAGAUGGAGCACGAACAUCAAGGCAAAGGGGAAGAGCCGUUUGGAAAUAAACACUUGCAUCGCAGGUAAGAAUCAAGAGACUUGUUAACAAAAGUUGACAAAUAUUGACAUGCUACACAGUCAUGCCCACGAAGAAGAUCUCCCAGGAACGGUCAAUCUCCGUGCCGCUGGUUCGUAGCUCCCUAAUCCCACAUUUCAGGAACAAAUUCUGAUGCUCGUAUGAAUUACAGAGGGAGAUGAUACAGCAUACGGACAAGCUCUUUUCCCCGUCCCCUCAGACGACCCAAAUGACCCCCUCCAAGUACGUUUACUCUUGUCUUUGGAAUUUAUACCUAGUUGCAAAGGACAAAGUGAACUGAUCGGAAAAUCAUAGUGGUCGAAUUUCCAAAAGACAAUGAUUCUCAUCAUCUGCUCGGUAUACUCUUUCCUUGGGAACGCAGCUUUACUCGGUCCAUCAGUGUACAUCGGGAUUUGGGCGCAAGAAUUUACCAUCUCGCCAACGGAGGCUUCGGGAUUGAUAUCGUAUCCCAAUUUGGCCUUUGGUUUUGGUGUGUAUUAUUACUUCGAGUUUACUUGCACCGGGCACACCUUCUCUAACCAUGAUGUCUCGAAUAGGAAGUAUGCUCUUGGUACCACUUUACCUGAAAAUUGGCCGUCGACCAGUCAUGCUGGGAAGUUUGCUAUGUGUAAGUCUUACGUUCUUUGGUUCCUUGCUAGACGUUUUCUUGGGAACCAGCGAUGGAAGAAAUCUUACUAAUUCCUUAACAGUUCCUGGGGGGCUUGAUAGGCGCUUCCCGUGCCACGAGUUAUCAUGGUCUCAUGGUUGCGCGUGUUUUCCAUGGCUUGGGCUCGGGUGUUUGCGAGGCUCUGCCGGUACAACUUGUUAAUGAUAUCUUCUUCUUGCACGAGAGAGGAAAGAGGAUUGCAUAUUACACUGGUACGAAGAACCUUUUUUAGAAAUACGCUCAUGGGAUAUUUGUACUAAUGCUCGUUGAACAGUCUGCCUCUGUCUUGGUGCCACCGGUCCAUUGUAUGCUGGAUACAUGCUAGCUGGGGGUUACAGCUGGCGACUAUUCUUCUACGUCGUGACAGCCUUUGCAGGAGCCCUAUUCGUCCUAGCCUUUUUCUUCGUGGAAGAAACUUCCUACGUCCGCAUUACCCCAUCAGUUCCCUCGCCCAGCUCUCCAACAUCAUCUGAACUGGGAGAAAAGGCAGAGGGAAGUGAUGCACAGUUAGAAGAAGCUGUGCGUGCGAUACCCGCCCGAAAGCCCUUUUUACAGACUUUGAAACCAUUUAAUGGUAUCGAUCAUGAGGCCGAGUUUUUCAUGACUAUGAUUAGACCGUUCACUUACUUUACUGUUCCGGCGGUGUUUUGGGUUAUCUCUACUUAUGGUAAGUUUCCGAUCUUUCCUUGGUCCCCUUAAUUGGGUAUAUCAGUCAAAGAAUUUUAUCCAACUGAUUCGCCACAGGAAUAUACAUCGGUCUCGGAGGUCUAGCAUUCAAUUACACAUUCCCCCUGAAAAUCGUCGCUCCACCAUAUAAUUGGAAGGAAGUAAGUACCCCAACCUCCUACAAAUCCCAUUGGCACUUCUAACACAUCCUCUUCACAGGAAAACGCCGGUCUCAUCGCAGUCGCCAACGCAGUCGGCUACUUCCUCGCCAUCCCCUUCACAUUCACAUCCGACCGUCUCGCCGCCCACUUGACCGUGAAAAACAACCACAUCCGCGAAGCCGAGAUGCGUCUACCCGUCCUCCUCCCCGCAAUGGUCAUCGCCCCCGCAGGCCUAGUACUCUACGGCAUGACAGCACAAAAUAACCUGCACUGGAUGGGCUACAUGGCGGGAGUGGCGAUGGUCAACUGGGGAGCGUACUUCUACUUCUCCUUCACGCUGGCGUACGCCGUGGACUCAUACAACGCCAACACGUCCGAGAUGCUGAUUGCUAUGAACCUGGGCAAAUCCGCGAUCUCCUUCGGCAUGGGACUUAAACUGCUCGAUUGGAUCUUGGAGAGGGGCUAUGCGGUCGUGAUUGCCGGGAUCUUUGGGGCCCUGCUGCUGGUGAAUAAUCUGGCGCUAGGCAUCUUUUGGUUUUAUGGGAAGAGGAUUCGCAUUUUUACGAGUAGAUCUUGGUUAGGGGGGGUGCAUGCGAAGACUCAAGGGGACAGAUUGACGCACUAGUAUUUUAAUGCUCUCGUAUGGGAAAGGGGGAAAGGUGUUGAUUGAUGGCCUUUGAGCUGUCCGUAUCUCCCGUGUUUUGGAUGGGUUUUACGUUAUUCAACAUAUUUAGUAUGGUUCGGUUAGAGGGAAGUUCAACGACCAAAAGGCUAGACGUUAAUGAUUUGUAAUUUUGGGGAUUGAUGUAUUGUGGAUGUUAGUGGUUUUACGAAACGCAUAGCCUGUACAUGAUAGUUAUGUUUUUGUUGAUUUCUG